ACACUUAAACUAAGCCUUAACAAUUUUAUUCUUCUCCUUAUUUGAGAUAAAUUUCGUAAUUGUGUAAAAUUAAAAACCAGAAACCCAACUUCUUAUUACGCGAUACGAGAAUAAAUCAUCUUUGGCUAUGGUAAUAUCUUAAAUAUUUCGACAUAAAACUAUUGUGGUUAUGUUUACAUUGAUGUUUACAACAAUUCCGUACUAAAUUAUGUGAUUUAUUUAUGAAAGUUUUAAUAUAUAUUUAUAAAAUGUGUUUCGGGCCACUAACUAGGAUCUUCCAUUGGGGUCCACUAACCGCAAUCGGUAUUAUUAAAUUAGUGAGUGGUAUGACUAUCCACUGUUGUGGUAUGUGGUGGCCAUCCACAACUUUUGGUGGUUUACUGAACACCUUAUCUUUCACAUCACUUGCUGGUCUGACACUGUAUAAUUUUUUAUCAGCAAUGUUCUUAGGACCAGGAUUCCUUCCCAAAGGCUGGCAACCAGACAAUAAAGAAAAUACAGGAAAUUUACAGUGGUGUUCGGUAUGUGAAGGAUUCAAAGCUCCCAGAUCUCAUCACUGCAGAAGAUGUGGAAGAUGUGUUUUGAAAAUGGAUCAUCACUGCCCAUGGAUUAAUAAUUGUGUUGGUUGGGGAAAUCAUGGCCACUUCACUUACUUUUUGUUAUUUGCCACAUUAGGAUGCUCCCAUGCCACUGUAGUUCUAAGUUGUUCAUUAUAUAGGUCCUUUUAUAGACUACACUACCUCUAUUAUGGCACAGGGAAGGAGCCCAUUGUUGUUUUGGGUCUAAUUGGAAAGAUAUUGACUGUAUUUGGUCUUGGGUUUUCCAUUGGGGUAGUCAUUGCUGUAGGAUUAUUAUUAUUCUUUCAGGUUCGAGGUAUUCUUAGAAAUAGAACAGGUGUUGAGGAUUGGAUUUUGGAGAAAGCACAAUACAGGCGAAGAAACUCCAGUACAAAGUUUAUUUUUCCGUAUAAUGUGGGAAUUAUAAAUAAUUUUUGGCAAGUACUUAAUCUCUCAUGUCAACCACAUGGUAAUGGCAUUGAGUGGCCAGUUGUUGAGGGCUGUGAUCAAUACACUUUAACUAGAGAACAAAUUGAGCAGAAGAGGGAAAAACGGAUGCGUACUAAAGUAUAUCAGAUUAUUGAACCUUCAUCAGGUUCAUAUUUUCCAAUUAGCAAAGGUUUGAGGACAUGCAUGAACUUUCCAUGUACAGAUGAACCACGGAUAAAAUUAAACGUUGGUGAUAUAGUUCUAGUGACCAGAUGGAGAACGCAUUGGUUAUUUGGUGAAAAAGUACCAACUGAUCAAAAUUCCGACAGAAUUAGGGGUUGGUUUCCUCGUACUUGUGCUAAAGAAGUUGAAAACAAAAGAAGGAAAGAAGAAUAAUACAAUAAAUAUGAUGGACCAGUUUGUCAUUCUAAAUAACAUUAAGUCGGAUUUAAACUGCCUUAUAUGUAUUAAAACAGUAUCUAGUCUUAUUUUAAUGUAUUUUGUUAAAUUAAUUUGUUUUAAAAUAAAUGUAUAGUUUUAAGAACACUUUUUUUAAGUGUGUUUGGUCUGAAACAUUUAUAUUGAAACAUAUAUUGAUUUUGACUAUUUUAAAUUUAAAACACUUUUAAAAAUGGCAAAUUUGUAAAUGAAGA